AUGUGCGUGUGCAGAAACAGAUUCUGUCACAGCCUAGAAAGAAAAACAACAGGCUGUGAGGGAGGCAUUUGUUCAAAUCUCUCUCUGGACAAGACCUUUGUGCUGAUCUUUCUCCAGUGUUGGGGGGCUCCUGAUCUGCAUUCUGCAAUGAAAAGAACAGAGGACAUGGUGAUCGGGCUCUCUGGAAUUCAGCACCUUGAAGACGACUCCAGAGAGGUCAGCAGGGCAGUGUGGCCUGAGCACCACAGUAAGAGGAAGCAGGGCUCUCCUAAACUCACCUCACUAAAUACCAUUCUCCACCCGCCACUGAAAAGAUCCCAAGGGGCCCGCCGCUGCGCGCCGGUCUUCCCGCCGGAGCAGCGGUAAUGAGACCGCUGACCAAACACGGCUGCGGGCCCCGCGCCCGCGCGGCGCGGUGGAGGCCCCGACAGGCAGCGCGAGCGGCGCCCUCGGCUCUCAUGCGGCGAGGCGCUCCUCUCCCCGCGGCAGGGAGUCCUGCCACAGUCGCGCGAGCGGCGCGGCGGCCCGAGGCGGCAGAGCUAACCCCGCGCCGCUCAGCGGGUCCCGCGCCACAGCCAGCGGGGCUCUCCAACACCCUCCGCUCCCCACUCCUGCGGGACAAGAGGGAGCUCUCUGCUGUGCUUCGCCGGCGGGAAAAGGGAAGCCUGAGUAUCCGUGUUGAUUAACACAUCCCCACGCGACUCUACGCCUCAGCAGCUGUUAGAGCCGCCCAGGUCCCUCCCGCCCAGCGGACUCCAGGGCCCUCUCCCCAGCUCACAUUCCUCUAUCCAUCUGUCUGUCAGCUCCUGUAUCCUCCCUGCGCCCGCUCAGUUCCCCUUUUCCCCACUACUCUCUCACACUCACCUGUCACAUAUACUAGCUCGGAUCUUGCACAUUUUGGUGGAAAACCUGCCAGUCUGAGGCUGGCACCUUAAGCCUCUUCACACACUCCCACACCCAGCUAUCCCAUGGCUGAUCUCUUGGCUCCGUGUCUGCAAGUCUGACACUCCCAGAAGCCUGCUGAUUCUCUGAUGUCCUUGGCCUGUGUUUCAUGUGACUGGGUUGCCACCUGGAUGUUCCCAUGGCAAGAUCGCUGUUUAGAGUUCUUUAGAGAAGCUCAGGUACAGAACAGACCCCUGACGCGCUUUAAUACAUGCAGGCUCCUCACACAGGCUUCAUCUCUGUCCUGUAGCUGAACUUCGACAGGCUGCAGAGGAGGUUGCGUGGUUCUCUCUUGUGCACACAUUCACCCAGCACCAGGCUCCAGGCCAGCUGGUAUUAUUCUGCCUGGUUAGGAUUAGCAGAGUCACUUAUCCAAAUAAGUGCUUGGGAGAGUGAGCGAGAAAGAGUAAGGAUAUGGAGAGAGAGAGAGAGAAAGAAAGAGAGAGAGAGAAGCCAUUACCCAUUCUGGGGAAGAACUUACAAACAGAGCUGAGAGUUGUUUCCAGUUGGUAAGUGUCUUGCUGAAUCUCCCCCACCUCCACCUCCCUGCCCACCCUACCCUGUGGAUAGCUGAGCUGGGAGGCAGCAGGCCAGAGUUCUGGGUCCCUCCUUACCUUACUGAUGUUGAGCCUCAAGUCCACCAGCCCCUCUUUGUCCCAAGGAGUGUAUGCCCUCCCCUGUACCAGGCAGACUGCAGAGCAGUUGUAGACCUUUUCCCUGGUUGAGCCUAGGUCAGGGUUGAAAAGGCAGAGAGGGCUGGUUCCUGGGCCAUGUCAGGACUUCUCUCUUCCAAAGUCCUCUGGAAUGCUCCCCAAAGAGAGAAGUCUAGGGUGGAGGGAGCUGAUGUGUUGUUUAAAGUUGCUUUUGGUGGUGGUGGUGGUUUAGUCACUAAGUUCAACUCUUGCGUCACUAAGUUCAGCUCUUGGCCCCCAUGGACUGUAGCCCACCAGGCUCCUCUGUUCGUGGAAUUCUCCAGGCAGGAAUACCGGAGUGGGUUGCCAUUUCCUUCUCUAGGGCAUCUUC